AAAUUCAUAAACUAACGAAUUAUCGAAAAUAGCCUGACGUUGAUGGCUGACACCAGUUUGAUAUUUUUAGCCGACUAGUUUUGGUUAUAAAUGCCUUGAUCGCGUGAUUUUGUCAAGCCCUUUUUUUUGCGGUUCUGUGUGAAUAUCAUGUAACCUUGAACUUGAGCAACUGACCUAUAUAAACGGAGCUAUUGUUUUCCAGGCAUUUGUUUUGUGGCCGUUCAUCUGAAUGCACCUGAGCUUUUGUGUUGCCACGCUGCCUGCAUUUCAUUCAUAUUGUCGUGUACCCUAAAUUAGCUCUAAACCGCAAAUAUGGAUGAUGCCACAGAGUACCAGAAACUUAGGCGAAGCUUGGAUGAAGCCCAAGGAUCCAGGGAAGGACAUCCAAAGUCGACCAAUGACAUUAGUACAGUUGUGUACAGCGCCGAAGGAGAAGACCUCACCAUAAACUGCGAAGUGGAGUCCAAGUCCUCGGUCCAGCGGGAUCAGUGGGGAAAGGGAGUGGAGUUCCUCUUCUCUUGUAUCGCCUUGUCCGUGGGUCUGGGCAAUGUCUGGCGCUUUCCCUUCAUCGCUCUGGAGAACGGGGGUGGAGCUUUUCUGAUACCCUAUGUGAUAGUGCUCCUGUUGAUCGGCAGACCAGUAUACUACCUGGAGGUGAUCAUUGGCCAGUUUUCCAGUCGUGGUUGCAUCAAGGCCUUCGACAUGGUGCCUAUUAUGAAGGGCAUUGCUUAUGGCCAGGUUUAUUCCACUGCUUUGGCUACCACCUACUAUGCUUGCAUAAUGGCAUUGACCAUCCGGUAUUUGUUGGCCAGUUUUAGUGAGGUCCUGCCCUGGACCUAUUGUCUGCUGGAAUGGGGCAGCAGCUGUGUGGCCACAGGAGAAACGGCAGUCAAUAAUACGUCUAUUGUGCAGGGCGUGUCCUCCGCAGAGCUGUUCUUUACACAAACAGUACUCAGGGAACCGGAAACUUUGGAGGACAAUGGUCUAGGAACUCCCAGCUGGGAUCUGGUAUUGUGUCUCUUGGCCACUUGGGUUAUCAUCGGAACCGUUUUAUCCAAAGGCAUUAGGAGCUCAGGCAAAGCUUCUUAUUUUCUGGCCCUGUUUCCCUAUGUGAUUAUGUUCGUCCUUUUGAUCCGCGCUGUUACAUUGCCAGGAGCCUGGCAGGGAAUUGUGUACUUCCUAAAGCCGCAAUGGUCUCAGCUGCUGAAUCCACAUGUUUGGUAUGCGGCCAUCACCCAAAUGUUCUUCUCGUUGGCCAUUUGCUUUGGCACCCUCGUCAUGUACGCCUCCUUCAAUGAUUUCAACAAGAAUGUGCACAAAGACGUGAUUAUAAUCACAACCAUAGAUUCUUUAACAUCCAUCUUGGCUGGCUGCAUAAUCUUUGGAAUUUUGGGCAACCUGGCUCAUGAGACGAAUACCUCGGACAUUUCGCAAGUGGUCAAGGGUGGAGCUGGUCUGGCGUUCAUUUCCUAUCCGGAGGCCAUUGCCAAGUUCAAGUAUCUGCCCCAGCUAUUCGCCGUGCUGUUCUUCUUCAUGCUGCUGGUCCUGGGCAUUGGAUCGAAUAUCGGCAUGGCCAGUGCUGUGGUGAAUGUGGUCAAGGAUCGAUUCACCCAUCUGCCCCACUGGCUGCUGGCUGUGGGUGCAUCGGUGAUUGGGUUCCUUUGCGGCCUGGUCUACAUGACACCGGGCGGACAAUUUGUGCUGAAUCUCGUCGACUUUUAUGGCUGCACUUUUAUAGCCCUGGUCCUGGCCAUUGCGGAGUUAUUGGCAGUGGGCUGGAUUUAUGGUGUCAAGCGCAUCUGCAGCGACUUUGAGUUUAUGCUGAAUGUGAAGACCAGCUUCUACUGGCGCAUCUGCUGGGCCAUCGUGGCACCGGGUUUAAUGUUCCUGGUCCUGGUGUACAUGCUCUUCAGCUACGAACCCCUGACUUAUCGGGGAGUUCAGUAUCCCUCGGCUUACUAUAUGGCGGGGUGGUUUAUCUGGGGACUGGGCGUACUGCAGUUGCCCUUCUGGGCUUUGGUCACGAUAUUCCAGCAGCCCGGCAAGACUUUUUACAGUAAACUAAGAAUGGCCAUGCAACCCACUGCCAACUGGGGUCCACUGCAAACCCAGAAGCUUGAAGCCUAUAUUCUGCACCGAAAGCGUGAGGCGGACUAUAAGAGUCCACGUGGCGGAUACUUGUUUGACAAUAUCUUUGGCUAAAACACUCUUUUAAUUUAUUUUAAUGUUACGCUUUAUUAUUAAUGCCAAACGCGCCAAACGUUUGUUUGCUCCAAGCUUAUAGCUUAAGAUGUGACAAAAAAUUGCGAACAUUUGGUAAUUAAUAUUUCCUUAGGCCUUAGGCUUAGCAUAAGCAUUGAAAGUUGUUUGUUUCUAGGUUAUCUAAAUAAUUGGAUUAAUUUUGGAAAAAAAUAAGCCAGUGUCCUCUGAAUAUUCAAAGGCAGCUAAA